AUGAAUAACAAUUCAACAUGCAUUCAACCCUCUGCAAUCCUCUUGGGAAACUUUCUAUCUCAAUGGAUAUUUUUAACGAAGAUAAGUAAGAAAACAUCAACCCACAUCUACCUUGUACAUCUUGUGACCUCAAACUUACUUGUGUGCAGCUCCAUGCCUUUCAUGAGUUUCUAUUUCGGGAAAGGUUUUCAUUGGAAAUAUCAAACUGUACAAUGCACUGUAGUUAAUUUCCUGGGGACCCUAGCCAUGCACAUAAGCAUGUUUGUGAGCCUCUUAAUUUUAAGUUGGAUUGCCAUCAGCCGCUAUGCAACCUUAAUGAAAGUGGAUUCUACACAGGUGACCACUUCAUGUUAUGAGAAAAUAUUUUAUGGUCACUUACUGAAAAAAUUUCGCCAACCCGAUUUUGCCAAGAGACUAUGUUUUUACAUUUGGGGAAUUGUAUUAGGUGUAAUUGUUCCUGUUGGAACAUACUAUUUAGUUGUAGAGGCUUCUGAAGGAGAAGAAAGCCAGUGCUAUAACAAGCAAGUAGAACUAGGGGCUACAAUUUCCCAGAUUGCAAGUCUCAUUGGAACCACAUUUAUAAUAUUUUCAUUUUUUGUAGUAUUAACAUCAUAUUAUGCCUUUGUCAACCAUCUGAGAAAAAUAAGCACCUGCACAUCUAUUGUGGAAAAAGAUUAUAUUUACAGUUCUGUGAAAAGGCAUCUUUUGGUCAUCCAAAUUCUAUUAUUAGUUUGCUUCCUUCCAUACAGUAUUUUUAAACCUAUUUUUUAUAUUAUACAUGGUAGAUGCAACUGUCUGCAACUGAAUUAUUUAAUAGAAAUAAAAAACAUCCUCACUUGUCUUGCUUCAGCCAGAAGCAGCACAGACCCCAUUAUAUUUCUUAUAUUAGACAAAAAAUUCAAGAAGACACUAUAUAAUCUCUACACAGAACCCACAGCACCUCACAUGUCCACUAUGGAUCUUGUUUUCCAGGAAGGACCAAACGGGCAUCCUGACCAACAGCCAUACAUCAUCGUGUGGCAAGAUUUAGUGCAGAAUCCACCGCCGUGGGUAAAACCUUGGAUUUUGAAGAACCAUACCACCCCUCCGUGCGCAUUAGCCCUAAAAACCCGAACUUCUGAGUCCAGAGUUCCUCUGGCCGCAGAAGCUGCACCAUCAGCACCACCCAAAAUUUAUCCUGAGAUUGAAAGUCCACCUGAGUGGCCUGAAAUGCGCCACAAUCCUCCCUCAUAUCAGGGCCAGGUUAAUCCCGGUCCCCCCAUCCCCGAGAGUGCCCCCCCAGAGACCAGCAUGCAGGACUCGCAGUCGGAGGGGUCUAGAGAGCCCAGAUUCCACUGCGGCUCUCCCCUUACGAGCCUACGGAGGGCCCCCAGAGCCAGGAGAACUCCAACCCCUCCAGUACUGGCCAUUUUCCUCUGCUGA